AUGAAGAGAUGAAAAAGAUUGAAUACUUGAAAAGGACAAUAUAUAGUUUAGUGUCUAUAAUAAAUACAUAUUUAUGUGCUUAUAAAUUAACAUUUUCAUAUACUCAAGAAAAUCACUUUUUGUACAAUGAAUGAAUUAAAAUUCAGUAGAAAUAUUAUGAUACAAAGAUCUAAAAAGAUUUUAUCUAUGUCUUUCAGCAUAAGAAUGGUAUUGGCGUUGAUAACUAUUGAUGUUUUUCGAUGAUAUCUGGUAGACUGUUGUAAAUUAUGAAAGAAACCCUAAUGAGGAUGUGAUGGUCAGUAUUUCUAUUAUCUACUGAGACGCCACACUCACUUCUAUUUUCCUUCUUAGGGAAUCAUCGAUAAAGUGCGUCCAGGCACAAGGGAGGAGGGAGGAUAAAAUAUUUGUGCACGUUCAGAUAUUUCCUAUGAAUAUUUGCCUUUUGUUUUUUUCAUAAUUUUCCUUGAAAUCUUGAAGCUGAGUUUGUUUUGACAGCACUUUUUCAAUGAAAUAGUUAAAUAUGAAUAUGGUGCUGAAGUAAUUGAAGGUUAUAAAACAUAGUCAGCUAGUUAAAUAUGAAUAUUCUGAGAUUUUCAACUGCUAUUAGUAUUGAACUUUGAUCUUUUUUACAUUUUUACAAGUGUCUGCUCAUUUAAAAUCGAGUGUAUUUAAAAAACAAAAGUUUUACAAGAGAUUAUAGUUUUGUUUAUUAUUGAUGAAAUAUGUGUUUAUUCAUUGCUAAUAAGAAAAAGAGUGAACUCAUCUCUUUUUGACUCUAAUAGAGUUUUCGUCUUCCAAAGAAAAAAACUUCCUACAUAUCACAUAUCUACAUGGGUAGUAGGAGGUGGACAGGUUGUAUAAGGAUGUAUUAGAGUGCAAGAGUGUUUUUGUGGUACACUCAUUGAGAGAGAAGUAUGUGUUUGAAAUUUGAAACUUGAGUUGAAUCCGACUUUCAAGAUUGAUGUAUAUAAUACCUUAUACACUAAUACACUCUUAUGCACCUUCUCGAUAUGUGCCUCCAUUUUCUUGAAGCAGAAGCUCUAUUAGGAUCCUAUAAUAGUGUUUAUUGUAGCUCUGUCCGGCUUGUCCAGUUUCAUUGGCCUUCUCCCUCUCCCUCUUGGACGUUCGGUCAGUAGCAUCAUUAGCAUUUGGUAAAUGUGAACUAAUAGCUAGAAUAGCCUUUUUUAAUUUUAAUACAUCAAAUAUUUCAUUUGAUAUAUCUUGAUUAUCAUUAGCCAUAUUAUUGUGUGAUAAAUAAAAAUUAUCAGCACCAAUAUGCAGAAUUAUUUCACUAAUGAUUUGUUCAUUAUAAAUGAUAUUUUUAACCCUUUGGAGACGGGUAUGGUAUAUAUACCACUUCACGUAUUUUACAAAAUUUGAGAAUGGUAUAUAUUUCAAAUCAAUCAGAAGUGAGUGGACAUAGCCUGUAGAAUAAUAUUCUUGUAUCGAUACAGUAAAUUAGCAAUAUUCUGGAAGUGCCGAAAAUAUCUGCACUAUUUAUAUGAAACGUAGAAUUCAAAGAAUUUAUAGUUAAAAGAGUUUCAUGUUCAACUGAUAAAAUAAUAUUAUGUCAAACUAUGGUUAUCAAAAACGAAUUUCUAUCGGAAGAUCAUCAAUUGAUUCACCGCUAUGUUUAUCUACUAGACAUUUUCCAGCACUUGCACCCUAAACUACCUCAAAAAUAACUGCCCAAAGGAAAUGUCAUGUAUAUUCUCAUACAAUAAAGCGUGAAAAGUCAGUCAAAUGUACAAGAUAUCAGUGUGAAGAAUGUGAUAUUGGGUUAUACGUAAUUGAUUUUUUUAAAGCUUAUCACAUCCUAGAACACAUUUGAUAAUGAUUUUUAAUUGAAUAAACAUAUAUCGUCACUCUAAUAAAAACCUUGAUUUUUUCAAAAAAAACUCCGUCCUCACAGGGUUAAUAAAGUGAAAACGGCACCUUGUCAUCAUUUGUAGCAACUGCAAUUUUUUUACCGUAACUACCUUCACCUGCAAUUUUUUUUAUCGCAGUUACACGUAGCUGCGACACAGUUACAUCGUAACUGCGAUCGCACUGUGACCAGUAAUUGCAAAAAACUGUGAUGCAGUUACGUGCAAUUGCGAUUUUUUUCAUCGCAGUUAUGCACAACUGCGUCGCAAUUUUUGGCAAUUGCGGUCACAGUGUGAUCGCAGUUUGACUACAAUUGAACACAUGGGUAUAUUCAAAGUAAGAAAAUGGCUAAAUCAUAUUUAAAAAAUGACAGUAAAAAAUAUUUUCUCCCUCCAAUAAGUCUUUGAUUCAUUAUUCACUAUGAAAUAUUUCAUAAGUGAAAGAUGAUUACAAACAAUAACUAUUAAAAGUAUUUUUGGUUUAAUUUCAUUCGCAUUGGUUUUUGUAUUUGGUUUUCUUCUUGGUUCAAGUUUCAAUGAAACAAACAGUAAAAUACAUCUUACAUUUUCGCCAAACAUAUAAUUAAAUCCAAGAUCAUCAACAAAUAAUCAACAAUCGAUAAAAUCAUCUUCUUAUGAAUAUAAUUCUACACAUCUUUGGUCAAUCCGUUUAGCUGAUGAAAAUUAUUUUCGUCUAGCACAUCUUUUACCAUGUCGUAUUGUUGAAUAUUCCGGUGGACCAAACCCUUGCGGAGCUUGUAAUUCAAGCACUCCAGAUUGUGUUUUUCUUCCUAUAACUAAUUAUUCAAUUCCAUCUAAAGUUGAUGGCAAUCAAACAAUUAAAAUCAAUGCUAAUAUUGGUUAUUGGUUGAAACCUAUUUGUCCAUUUAUAUUUCAAAAUCGAAUUUUUAAUUGGUAUCAUGCACAACUAUUGUCUUAUCUAAUGCGAUAUAAACCCGAAACAUUAGCUCAUGCACAGAACACCAUAGCACAAUAUUUUAAACCACCUUCAAUUGAUCUUCAUCAUCCAUAUAUUGCUGUAUAUGGGCGUCGACCAGAUAAAGUUCGAAAUAAAGAAAUGUCUCAAGCAUAUACACUUAAACAGUGUUCUGAUUUAUUUGAUGCUGAUGCUAGACGAACGAAUAUAAAAACAAUUUAUAUUAAUUCUGAAGAUGAAAACGUAUUUAAUGAGUUUGUUUACAUAAAGAAAGAAAAACAAGGUUAUUAUAAAUUAUUAAAUAUAACAGUACAAAGAAAUGUUGUUUUUGCAUCAUUAAUUGUGAUUUAUUUAUUGAAGCUCAAUGCAGAUUUACAUGUUGGUACAUUAACAUCAAAUUGGUAUCGAUUGGUUGAUGAAAUACGACUUGUACUUGGAAAAACAAUACCUUUUUAUACACCUGAAAAUCAAUUUUUGAUAGGUAUGUGA